GGAGGUUGUCGUUGAUAUCAGGGUUAUUCGAUAUAUAAGGAUCGCGUUUCUCGUCGUCUGAUCUCUUCCUUGUUGUUGUUGAUCGCUGCCUCUUCGAUCACCUUGAUUUAUUGAGCAGAGGACGAUUCAAACUUUGUACUGUACCUUUCAGAUAAUCGGGGAAUUCGAACUUCAACAUGGCCCAAGGCCAGAGCUUACAGGGUGUCACGGCCCUCAUGAGGGCUGAGAUGGCCCCAACUGGCGUCAAAGGUCUGCUAAAGAACAAGAAAGUUUUCUUCAUCGCCAUGUUCGCCUCGUUCGGAGGUCUCCUGUACGGCUAUCAGCAAGGCGUCUUAGGCCAAGCAGCCGUUAUGAAUUCCUUCCAGAGAGAUUUUCCUGAGAUCAGACAGAGUGCGUCCAAACUCGGUUGGCUCACUUCAGUCUUGCAACUUGGUGGUUGGGUUGGUUCUCUCUCAGCUGGUGUCUUCGGGGAAGUGUUUUCAAGGAAGCAUACGAUGUUUGCGGGUUCUUUGUGGGUAGUCUUGGGAAGCUUCUUGGCUGCUGGUGCGCAGUCGACUUCGUAUCUUUAUGCUGGACGCUUGUUUACUGGUCUUGGUGUUGGGACACUUUCUGCUAUUGGCCCUCUUUACAAUGCUGAGCUCUCACCACCUGAGAUGAGAGGUUUUCUCAUCGCUCUCCAGCAACUGACAACAACGAUCGGCAUCAUGCUGGCAUAUUGGGUUGCAUUUGGGAGCAAUUACAUUGGCGGAACAGGUGAUGGACAGUCCGCUCUGGCAUGGCGCCUCCCUAUGAUCAUCCAAGGCAUCCCUGCCGUCAUCCUCUGCAUUGGCUUGUUCUUCAUGCCCUUCUCACCCCGCCUUCUCGUCAACAAAGGCAAAGAGCAAGAAGCACUCAAAACCCUCUCAUAUCUCCGAAAUCUCCCUGAAGAUCAUUAUCUCGUGCAAGUCGAGUUCCUCGAAAUCAAGGCUGAUGCGGAAUUCGAGAGAGCUAUAUUCGAUAAACGAUUCCCGGAAUUGAGCAAAGCUGCUGGAAACAGCUUUGCUCAGUAUAGUAAUAUUUUCCGGUCGAGGGACAACUUUAAGCGUGUUGCGCUUGCAAGUUUGGUGAUGUUCUUUCAGCAGUGGACUGGUAUUGAUUCGAUCAUUUACUACGCAUCUAUCAUUUUUCAAUCCCUCGGUCUCACAAGCAGCACGAUUUCCCUACUUGCAUCUGGAGUCAUCGGUAUCAUCAACGUCGCUACAACCAUCCCGGCAAUCUACAUCAUCGACAAAGUUGGUCGAAAGCCACUCACGAUGGCUGGCUCCGUUGGGAUGUGUAUUUGUGAAGUCAUCAUCGGCGUUAUCGUGGCUACCUGUGGACAUGAUUGGAGCACUCACGCGGCGGCUGGUUGGGCCGCAGUUGUUUUCGUCUGGCUGUAUAUUGUCAACUUUGCCUAUAGUUGGGGACCCGGUUCCUGGAUUCUCAUCGCAGAAAUCUUCCCCAUCUCCAUCCGUGCCAAGGGGACAUCCAUCGGUGCCUCAGCAAAUUGGAUGAACAAUUUCAUCAUCGCCUUCGUCGUUCCCCCCAUGUUGAGUAACAUUGGAUGGGGGACAUAUAUCUUCUUUGCAUUUUGGUCUGCAGCAGGCGGUGUCUUCAUUUGGCUUUGCAUGCCUGAGACGAAGGGAAAGACGUUAGAGGAGAUGGAUCAAGUGUUCGGGAGUCAUACUGCAACAGAGGAGAUGGAGGAGUUUGCCAGGGUUCAGGAGAGAGUUGGGCUUACAUCACUAAUUCAAGGUCGCUCUGGAGCUGGCAGUGAUAAGGGGAGUGUAGAGAAGGAAGCGGGUCUAGAAGUGCAGCAUAUCAGCACUGUCUGAUUGUCUGAAAUUUGAGAUAUUAUUGGGCUCAGAUAUUUCUUUCUUCUCUGGGGCAGUAUUUUCAAGGACUGAAGGAGCCCGUGGUUGCGAAAAUUGGUACAGCCUCCUCUUCUUGCACGCUUAAGCACAUCUUGCAGUAAACUCAAUUAGAAAGUCUAACUCCGUC